AUGUCCACAUCUUCCGUACGUUUUGCAUUCAGGCGGUUUUGGCAAAGUGAAACCGGCCCCAAGACAGUCCAUUUCUGGGCUCCUACUUUAAAAUGGGGGUUGGUUUUCGCUGGAUUUAGCGAUAUGAAGAGACCCGUGGAAAAAAUCUCUGGUGCUCAGAAUUUGUCGCUGCUUUCGACUGCGUUGAUUUGGACCCGUUGGUCGUUUGUGAUCAAGCCAAGGAACAUCUUGUUGGCAUCUGUCAACUCGUUUCUAUGCCUGACCGCUGGUUACCAGCUGGGUAGAAUUGCCAACUAUAGGAUACGGAACGGUGACUCUAUAUCGCAAUUGUUCAGCUACAUUCUUAGCGGCGCCGAUGAAAGCAAAAAGGAGAUUACUACGGGCAGAUAA